CGCAGGGGGCGGCGGGCCCGAGCGCCGAGAGUCUGAGGAGGGGGAAGCGCCCGACGGUCGCCUCCGCCACUGCAGCUGCAGCCGCCGAUGUCGCCGCAGUAAUCGCCGCCACGGCAGCACCCGCACCCUCGGCGGCCGCAGCAUCAGCACCGCAGAGCCGAGCCCGCAGCCCGCCGCCGGGCAGGAUGGCUGUCGCUCCUCCGAGUUACUGUUUUGUGGCCUUCCCACCACGUGCUAAGGACGGGCUGGUGGUGUUUGGGAAAAAUUCAGCUCGGCCCAGGGAUGAAGUACAGGAGGUUAUGUAUUUCUCGGCUGCUGAUCAUGAACCCGGGAGCAAGGUUGAGUGCACUUAUAUUUCAAUCGACCAAGUCUCCAGGACCCAUGCCAUCGUGAUAAGCAGACCUGCUUGGCUUUGGGGGGCAGAAAUGGGAGCCAACGAGCAUGGUGUGUGCAUAGCCAAUGAAGCCAUCAAUGCCAGAGAACCAGCCGCUGAGACGGAAGCCUUAUUGGGGAUGGAUCUGGUCAGGCUUGGUUUAGAAAGAGGGACGACAGCUAAAGAAGCCUUAGAUGUCAUCGUCGCCUUGUUGGAAGAACACGGACAAGGUGGGAAUUACUAUGAAGACGCAGACUCCUGCCACAGCUUCCAAAGCGCAUAUCUGAUCGUGGAUCGUGAGGAGGCCUGGGUGCUGGAGACCGUGGGGAAGUACUGGGCUGCCGAGCGGAUCACAGAGGGAGUGAAGUGCAUUUGCAAUCAGCUUUCACUCACCACUAAGAUCGAUGCGGAGCACCCUGAACUCCGGAGUUAUGCUCAGAGUCAAGGCUGGUGGACGGGAGAGGACGAGUUCAAUUUUUCCAAAGUUUUUUCUUCAGCUGAAGACCAUCUAGACUGCUGUUCAGGCAAAGACAGCAUAGAAAAGAAAGAAGAAAGUAUCACUGUGCAGACUAUGAUUGACAUCUUACGGGACAAAGCCAGUGGCAUCUGUAUAGACUCCGAGUCUUUCCUUACCACAGCCAGCGUAGUGUCCGUUCUGCCUCAGAAAAGAAGCUUGCCAUGCAUUCACUACUUCACUGGGACCCCAGAUCCUUCCAGGUCCAUAUUCAAGCCUUUCAUCUUUGUUGAUGAUGUGAAACUUGUCCCCAAAGCACAGUCUCCUUGUUUUGGGGACAAUGACCCUGCCAAAAAGGAGCCUCGGUUCCUAGAGAAGCCAGACCGCCGGCAUGAGCUGUACAAGGCCCACGAGUGGGCACGUGCUGUCAUCGAAAGUGACCAGGAGCAAGGUCGCCAACUGAGAAAGACCAUGCUGGAACUAGAGAAGCAAGGCCUGGAGGCCAUGGAAGAAAUUCUGACCGGCUCUGACCCCCUGGACCCCACCGAAGUGGGGGAUCUUUUCUAUGACUGUGUUGACACGGAGAUUAAGUUCUUUAAGUGAAGUAAGCCUUCCCUUUCCCCUUCUUAUUUAAACGUUCCCACCUUACUAAAUUACCAGCAAAACAAACCACUCUCCUGUGUGAGUAAAAUGAGAAAGUUCAGAUGUGUUAAAGUCACACUCUUGUGUUCCGCCCUGAAGCUCAGCAGUGACCCCUUCUCCUACCACGUAGCUUCCCUUCUUUUGCAAUGUAACGCGUCUCCAUCUGCCUGUCGUCCGACUGUAUGACUGCUUGUGCACUUCCAGCCGCUCUCAUUGCCUCUCAGUGACAGUGGACACAUUAACCUUCUCAUGGAGGACGAGGGUUCAUCGGGCCUCGGGAGGGGGCUGCACAGCGCUUAAGUGUGCGGGAAAAGCAAAAUCUUUUGAAGUCUUAUUCUUCCUUUCAGUACUGGUUUCUUCCAGGUUGACAGAAGGCACAGGGCUCUUCUGUGUGUGCUUGAGGGAGAAGCUUCCAGGCUUCCCGUCACAUGAGUGCAUGCCUGUCAUGCAGAGUGUCCCCACAUGUGUCUGCUGAGGGACCAAACCACUGGGGAGGAACAAAGGGAGCCCUUCUGUGGUCCCAGCUCAUCCUGAUUCCCGGGAUCAUACUAGAGUCUCUACACCAUGCUUGUUU